CACCACCCAUCGCUUCUAACCUUGGAAGAUUCCUUCCUCCACCCAACCCCUUCCUUUCCUACGUUCGAGUUGCAUUAUUUGACAACCAUGAGCCGCAUUUGUACAUGCAAACGGAGACUCUAGCAGGCUGAUUGACCGGCCUUGAGCUCUUGUUGUACGAUAUUGAGUGUUUGGCACAGCGGAUACGCGCAUUUUAGCCAUGUCCUCGAUCGACUUCGCAACCGCGCCUCAGCUGAAUGGCAACGGUCUCGUUGCGAAUAAUGCGCGUCGAGAAGCUGAAUUUUUGGACAAGCUCCUCCAGAUCAGAAACGAGGUGCUCACUGACAAGCAUCCGCGGAUCAAGCUUCCGCCCGCUGUAUUAGAGGAGCUCGCGCCGUCUACUUCCACCCAACUGUUCGCAGACUCUCUGAAUCGUACACCCCGCGGUGGACAGCCCCAACAACAGCACCUCCUCCCACCCCGCCCGGAAACCGCGGCUCAGCACGCUUCAUCCUCCACGACUUACAGUUCUCCUUCGCAUGUCCCACGACCUACACCUCCCAAGCCCUCCUCGUCAGGGAUCGAUCCUGUUCUGCUCACCAAGUCUGACCAUCUCAUCAGGGCUGAGCUCCAGCUCAAGAGGCAACAUAUUGAGCGAACGCUCAGGGACCAGCUUGACAAGAAAGGGCGCGCUGCGUUCGCGGAAGACCGAGAGACAUAUCUCGACGUAGACGACGUGUUGACAAAAGCUCAAGCGUUGGUGCCACCUGUUUCAGGCCUCAGCACGGCUGCUGUAGACAGCGAAGGGAGCACCUCGUUCGACGAGAAUUCAUACUACUCUAGCCAGGCUAACAGUUGGUCGCAUGGCGAACACUCUCCCAUUCGAUCUCCUCACAGUGCUAAUGCAGAUGGAACGCUUCCUUCUCACGCACAGCAAUCGUCUACUGAGGCACUGACUGCAGCAAGCGCCACCGACCACGCCGGCUCUGCGCAAGCCCAGCCGACAGUAAUAGACCUUGACGAAGAGCCGUAUGAGCCCGCCGAAGACAUAGAAAUCUAUGAGCCCGAGCCUAUCGUCGAUCUGGACCAAGAUGAGUCGGAUUAUUCUCCUCCACCCGCUGCUACUGGCCCAAGUGAGUCGGCCCGUAAAGGGCGGCCCCGAGUUCGUGGAGCGGAAGCCAGCAACACUGGGUCAAGGCGCCAAAGCCCUGCAGGCCAUCCGGCACCGAUACAAAAUCCCCGAAAGCGUAGGAGAGCCGAAGUGCGAGAGGAAAGAAGACGUCAACAGGGAAGCAAGCGUGCUGUGCGGUCCCCGGAACCGUAUAUCAAGGAAGAGCCCCAAUCCCCUCCCAUGGCUGGCUAUCCAGAUUCGCAGCCGAAUAAACGAAGAGCCCUGCAAGUCUCUCUGAUGGAGUCCGAAUCGUCUUCGACAAGAGGCGGCAGGAUGCAGCCAAUCCAUUACCAAGACCUGGAGCAUUCGCCGCGCUCCUAUCGCCCGUACGAUGAGGCCCAGUCACCCACCGUCGUUCACGCGCCACCACGGAUCCUGGAACCCGACGACCAGGAUCUGCGACGUGUCGCCAGCCUUCAGCAUGCGCGUCGACCAUACUCUCCUCGAGCUAGGGAGGUGUAUCCUGCCGUUGAGAUGCGUCCGGUUCGCGCAGCGUCUCAUGCCUUUGCCGACCGUCCACCAGAGCCUAUGUACGGCGAAGUUUCCAGGCACCCUUCGGUUGCACCGCGCAUUCUGCGGGAGCGCUCUCGAUCCCCGGCUCGGGAGUAUCUGCCUCAGAUGCACUCGCCAGGACCCAUGGCACCCCCUUCGCGAACCAUUGUGGUGGACCAGUACGGCAACCGGUACUACGCCGCACCGAUGGACGUGCGGGAGUCGGUCGUGCCGCUGAGGAGGAUGGAAGCUGAAGCGUAUCAUGAGCGUGCCGUCACCCGGGAGCCGACAAUGCGGGGCCCCACGCGCGAUGUCUAUGGGGACGAGGGCGUGGUGAGGAUGCCCCCGCCCCCGCCCCCGCCUCCCCGUAGGUACGUUGAAGUUCUGGAUAGCGAUGUCAUGGAGGCUCGGCCCUAUGGUAUGCGGGAGGCCUCGCGGCGACCCCUGGAGGUGGACUACGCGGGGCCGGGAGUAGUUGAGCGGCGGCCCAUUGUGCAGUACGAGGAGGUGGGACCUCGGCGUGACUAUGUUCCUUCAAGAGCAUACAGCGUGCGACCGGAGGUGGUACGACGCGAAGUAGCGGAAGAGUACGUGCCUUUGCGCCAUGGGAGCAUGGCACCUAGACCUGUGUCUGUAGCUGGGCCACGCUACCGAGAAAUCAGUGUGGCGCAUCCGGAGCUGCCGCACGAGGCGGGCCGGUAUACGUAUAGCCAAGCACCGCAGAGCAGACGAUAUGUGGACGAGGCGGCCACGGAAGGGGUUUAUCGCUAUUGAGACGCCACUGCACGAAAGGAGGUGGAUGAGUGAGGUUGGAGCGUUGGACUUGGGUCAUCGCCUGUAGAUCAUGACAGGCUAUCAAUCUGGAUAGCUGUAACAGCUUGGUCAGUAAUAGGAGCUAGCAUAAGAGCAUGGUAGCGACUGAGUGGAGCAAGGCGAUGGAGAGGUCGUUGGAUAGCACGGACAGUGUACAGUGUAAUCAUGAUGGCUCAAGCGAAGCAGUUGUCUGCAUAUGGGUAUUUGAGGCAGGUGGUUAGCGAGUUUCUUAUCAUGCAAGGGGAGGCUGGAGCACUAGCAUAAUCCAGGCUACAUGGUAGCACUCACGUCUACUCGGACCGAAGGAUGAACUAUAAGUAAGGAGUAGAGGUGCGGGGUAAGGGGGGCGAUGUACGAGACGUGGAUAGAUGUAUGUCUAUGUAUGUCUUUUGCACGGAGGGGGUGAAGAGUGUCAUCACGAUGACUGGCGUAUACACUAUCUGGACAGGG